AAACAUUAAAAAAUAUUACACAUUUCAAAAGAAAUUGCUUCCAGGUCAUUGUAUUAAUAAGAUAUGUUCUGACAUUCUAAAUAUUUUCCUUUCUCACACUUAAUUCGUGAGAAAUAAUCAGCUGAUUACUGCUUUAAUUCUAGCGGAUGGAAUGACCAUUUUUUAUCCAAAAACUCUUUGAUCUGUUGUAAUUUGUGGUUUGUUAAGUGUUUACAUCCCAGCUCAUUAACGUUAUUCAUCUCAAUUUCUUUCCACACUAAAGAAUUUUUAGCAUUCGAAGUUGGAUUAAUUCGUAUAUAAAUGAAAACUCUUAGUAUAGGUGAGCAUUGAAUUUUAAAAAGUCAUUGUUUAAACAGACAAAGUGCUGAAAGAGGGUAUGUCUUAGAUCAAAACACACUUGCCCUUUUUCAUCGCUUGUCUAUUUUUGUUUAUACUUUUUAUACUUUCAUUCGUCAAUGUACCAUAAUUCUUCAUAUGGAACUCAGAAGAAUCACACAAAAAAUUGUCUUAUUAUCGUUUUACGAUGAUAUGCUGAGAAAAAUUGUGAAAACAAGACAAAGAAGUAUCUCGAUAGUUCAGACUAACCAAAAUCCGUGGAUUAUGUCGCAAAAAGAGGCAGAGAAAAAAUUUCGAAAUCAGCCGAAGUCUGUUAUGGAUAUUGUUAGAUCUUAUGCGAAUAACUCAACUUCCCAUGGUUUACCUAAAGUUGUACGAUCGAAAACUUAUUUAGCAUCUGCCUUUUGGAUUACAGUGUGCCUUGCAACUGUUUCUCUCUUUACGUGGCAAUCAGUUGGCUUGCUGAGAAAGUAUAAGAGUUAUCCGAAGUCUGUUCGUCUCGAAGUUGCUAAUCAGCCUGUUGUUUUCCCUGCCAUAUCCAUUUGCAAUUUAAGGCCCAUAGACGUCUACACCUUUGGUGAUGUUGUUUAUCACGAAAAUGAAACUUUCAGAUGGAGUGUAGGAGAGGAUUAUGACUACACAGGCAGGGGAGAAUCAACAGUCUCUACUUUUGAACGUAUGAUGAUAGACUACGGCAAUAAAUAUUCAUCUUAUUAUACUUAUUCAGAAAUAUUCGCCCAAAAUGCGAAGGAUUCAAACUUUCUUUGGGAAGCUGAUCGUAAUCUCUUUAGUAGAAUGACACUGGCUGCAAAUUUAAAUUCAACGGCGGCUCAACAAGGAGGUAUUCGAAAGGAAGAAUUUAUUGCAAGUUGUGAAUAUCAUGGUCUUAAGUGUAACUCUUCAGAUUUUUCUUGGUUUUUAGAUCCGGCAUUCUUCAAUUGUUAUACUCUAAAUAUCUCCCAAAGUGGAGGAACAAUAUUAGAAGGUCCUGAAAAUGGACUCUCAGUUAUACUAUUUAAUCCUACAAUGUCAAUAAUGAAUUAUUCUAAUUAUGCUGCCUCCGGUCUAGCAAUGUACAAUGAAUUAACUUUAGGGGGAGAAGGUAUACGACUAGUUAUUCAUUCCAUCAAUACGGUACCUUAUCCACUUACGGAAGGAAUAGAUAUACCUCGAGGUGUUUCUGCCAAUAUUGGAAUCAGGGUUCAACAGAAUGAAAGACUUGGCCCUCCCCAUGGAAAUUGUACCAAACAGGAUAAUUUACGAGGUUCAAGCUAUAGUUAUACGAUGGCUUCGUGCAAGAAAGCCUGCUUGCAAGACAUUGUAAUUGAUCGCUGUUCAUGUGCAGAUGUGAGUUUACCUUUUGUUGUAAAGGAUUCUAUUAAGUUUUGUGCUUCGUUUGAUGAAAUUCCUUUGGAUUGUCGAGGAAAGCAGACUAUCCAUGCUAAUUACAAAAAAUGUAAAGCUUACUUUUCAAAAUGGUUUGAGAGAGUAGAAUGUAUGAGGAGUACUCGAUCUAAUGUGUCUCAAAACCUCUCAGCUUGGCAGUCGUGCGAAUGUCUACCCCCCUGCACGAAUUCUGAUUACAGUUCGUAUUAUUCUUUAGCAGAUUGGCCUAUUCAAGAGACAUCGAAGACGCUAAUUGAUGAUAUUCUAAAGAAGAAAAACUUUCUAAAACAUUUUCCUGAAGAAAAGAGACAAAAAUAUUUUUCUCAAUUUCUUGAGGAUCCAAUAAAAAUAUCAGCGUAUAAAGAGUUUAUUCAGGAAAAAAAUUUUCUCCGACUGAAUGUAUUUAUUUCGGAUACGACUGUUGUUAAGAUUACCGAAACCGACGAUUAUAAUUUUAUUCAAUUAGUAUCUGAUCUUGGUGGCCAAUUGGGUUUAUGGAUUGGCGUUUCCGUUGUUACGUUAAUGGAAAUAAUAGAACUUAUUUAUGCAAUAUUCAGACACAUUUUCUUUAAAAAAACCAAAAUAGUAAAUUCAAAUGUAAUUCAAGUUGUGGCAAAAGAGAAUAUAACAAAUGGAAAUAACGACCAAAAAUUCUGAGCAGAAUAUGUAUAAAAAACUAAAUAAUAUACCUUGUCUAAAAACUUGAUCAUCACAUUUUUAAGUUUCUUAAAGAAUGUAGUAAUGUUUGCGUGUAAAAAAGAGCAUUAGUAUUUUAUGUAUAUAUCAAAUAAUCUCUAUGUUACAAUUAAAUAUUCAGUCGCCCCUAAUUCAAGGAUUGUCUCAAAAAAAAAAAUUAUUUGUGGCAAAGUUAAUACGUUGUAUUUUUAUAGAGAUUAGAAGCAAAAAAUAUAUUGAAUAGUUAUAUACUCAAAAUACACACAGAUGGGCGAAGCAAGUGCUAUUUUCGUCUAUGUUUUAUAAGAAAAAAAUAAAUUACCUUGUAACAAUUAAGACAACUUUUUCCUCUAUUUGAUAUUUAGUCCGUAUCGACAGCAUUAUGGAGAGCCUAUCAAGUACUAUAUGAUUGUUUACUCAAUGGUAGAAAUAG